AUGGUAAAGCAACAAAUUAACAAUUGGAACAAGCAUCACGAACGUUACUAUUUGUAUCUCAUCAUCUCAGUGACGGUCGGCGUGUUGUUAUGCUUGAUAAUAAUCACCGGUCGAAUUAUAAUACAGAAGCAACGUGAUGAGGGCGAAGAUCGUGGCAAAGAUGAGCCGAAAUUUCAUAAAUCAAGUACAGGUGAGACGACAAUCACCAAGGGCUUUUCUGGCGAUAAUAUUUCUGAGGUUGAGGGUGGCGAUAUUGAUCUCACAACACCAAUUUCCAUGUCUAAUUUGCCGAUGAAAAAUGAGAAGUCAUCAUUCAACACGUACACACCACCACUAGCGCCGUAUGUCAGUAUCGUGCCGACAAGUUCAACAUCGAGUGGAUUAUUAAUAAGACCGCAACAUCAGCAAGUCGCUAUGGGUGUUGUGCCACCACCAUCAUCAAUUUUAAUAGGCUCUGGUGGAUUAAAUAGCAACAAUCCAUCAAUAUUAGCUCAAUCACCAUCCAAUUUAGCAAAUUUACAAUUUCGUACAUUACCACGUCAGCCACCGACACAACAUAUAAAUGUAAAUAGAAAUGACAGUAGUGCCCUAGUUAGUGUUAUCCCAUCACCAUCAACAUUCAUGAGUGGCUCAGUAAUGGGUCAUCAUACAAUUCGUCGUUCCACCCAAAGUGGUCUAGUCGAGGCGAUUCCAGCGAACAUGACGGGAAGCUUUUAUCCAGCUAUACGUCAAAAUCAACAGCCGCAAGCAUUGUCAAUCAAUACAUCACAGCAUCAACAAUAUUUUUACGGAUGACAAACAAUGAGUCCUGUGUCGUCCGCUUUGCCGUCACCCGUUGUGCCACCAUCAAUCUUAAAACAAUCAAUAAAUUAUCAAAAGCCACCGACGGUGCAAGAACAAUGUGACGAGAAUAUCUGCAAAGAGAGACGUGACAUGACAUGAGUGUCAUUUGAUCUCGACGAUGUUUGUCUAUAAAAUACUUUCGAGUAUAAGUGAUUAUUAUAGAAUAUUAAAUGGAAUGAGACAUGAAGUUUGUUUAUAGUUUACGAGGAUAAAAAAAG